UUCUCUCUCUUUCUCCCUCUCGCUCACUCUCCCUCUCUCCCCCCCUCUCCCUUUUUCUUUAAACCACAGAGUCAAACCGCCCUAAUAGAGAUGAAGCUUGAUAGAUCCACCCAGGUGUAGGUGAAAUGGUAGAGCCUCGGGGGUAAUAGAUGCCGUGCUCUUGAGCUGAAGUUCAGCACACUGUCCUGAAGGGUUGUUUAGCAGCAGUGAGAUGGGUUGUUCUUUGUACAGUUCAAAAGUCAAUAAGCUUCCUUCAGCUUAUAUGUAUAAAUAAUUUAGAAUGCAACCUGGAUCUAGGUGAGAGCUGCAGACCUGUCUCUUCUCCUCAGUGCAUGGACAAAGCACAGCACACAUUGAACGACAUGUAGAAUAAGGCACUAUCCAGUGGGAAGAAAUAUCAUUGAAUUUCGACCUGGGGGGCCAGGGGAAAGAUUCCAUUCAAUGUAGAUGUUCAUGGCAGGAUGCUGAUGGUUCAUUUUUACUGAGUGAUUUAUCAAGGUAUCAAUACAAAGGGAAAAAAUCUUGAGAUCCUUACUCUGUUCUGCUCCUCGUCUCAGACUAAACUCUCACUGAAUACAGAGAGUGGCAAAAAGGGAUGCCAAUCAGACAUCUGCCUUAACGAAUAAGCAUUUAUAACAGUGAGAGGUCGGCCGGAGCUCGGAGCCCGCGGGACCCCGCAGCAUGGGCCGGCUCGGCGGGGCGGCGCUGCUGCUGCUGCUCGCGGGGCUGCUCCUCGCCGCCUGCCAGCCUGGGAGGAACAACGUGCCGCGCCUGAAAUUAUCCUACAAAGAAAUGUUGGAAUCCAAUAAUAUAAUCACUUUCAAUGGACUGUCCAAUAGCUCCAGUUACCACACUUUCCUUUUGGAUGAGGAACGGAGUAGACUGUAUGUUGGAGCAAAGGAUCACAUAUUUUCUUUCAACCUGGUUAACAUCAAGGAAUAUCGAAAGAUUGUUUGGCCGGUAUCUCAUACCCGAAGGGACGAGUGCAAGUGGGCUGGAAAAGAUAUUCUCAAGGAAUGUGCUAAUUUCAUCAAGGUGCUUAAGGCUUACAACCACACACACUUGUAUGCCUGUGGAACAGGGGCUUUUCAUCCAAUUUGCACCUAUAUUGAAAUUGGACGCCAUCCCGAGGACAACAUUUUUAAAAUAGAAGAUUCUCAUUUUGAAAAUGGCCGAGGGAAAAGUCCCUAUGACCCCAAGUUGCUGACAGCUUCUCUUUUGAUAGAUGGAGAGUUGUACUCUGGGACAGCGGCAGACUUCAUGGGUCGAGAUUUUGCCAUUUUCCGAACUCUGGGCCACCAUCAUCCAAUCAGGACAGAGCAGCAUGAUUCUCGGUGGUUAAAUGAUCCCAGGUUUAUUAGUGCCCACUUAAUACCUGAGAGUGACAACCCAGAAGAUGACAAAAUCUAUUUCUUUUUCCGGGAAAAUGCAAUUGAUGGGGAGCACUCUGGAAAAGCCACCCAUGCCAGAAUUGGGCAGAUCUGUAAGAAUGACUUUGGUGGACACAGAAGCCUUGUUAAUAAAUGGACAACUUUCCUUAAAGCACGCCUUAUUUGCUCUGUGCCAGGGCCGAAUGGCAUUGAUACUCAUUUUGACGAACUCCAGGAUGUGUUUCUAAUGAACUCAAAGGACCCUAAAAAUCCAAUAGUCUACGGCGUGUUUACAACUUCCAGUAACAUCUUCAAGGGGUCGGCAGUGUGUAUGUACAGCAUGACUGAUGUGAGAAGGGUGUUUCUGGGUCCCUAUGCUCACAGAGAUGGCCCCAACUACCAGUGGGUUCCUUAUCAAGGACGAGUGCCAUACCCACGGCCAGGAACUUGUCCCAGUAAAACAUUUGGAGGCUUUGAUUCUACGAAAGACCUUCCUGAUGAAGUUAUCACAUUUGCAAGAAGUCAUCCAGCUAUGUACAACCCUGUGUUCCCUAUCAAUAACCGCCCUAUUAUGAUCAAAACAGAUGUGGAUUACCAGUUCACACAGAUAGUAGUAGACCGAGUAGAUGCAGAGGAUGGCCAGUACGAUGUGAUGUUCAUUGGAACAGAUAUUGGGACUGUUCUGAAAGUGGUUUCAAUUCCUAAGGAGACUUGGCAUGAUUUAGAGGAAGUCUUGCUGGAAGAAAUGGCAGUCUUUCGGGAACCUACCAUUAUUUCAGCAAUGAAGAUUUCCACAAAGCAGCAACAGCUCUACAUUGGCUCAGCAACUGGAGUUUCACAGCUUCCUUUGCACCGCUGUGAUGUGUAUGGGAAAGCGUGUGCCGAGUGUUGCCUUGCUAGAGACCCGUACUGUGCCUGGGAUGGCUCUUCUUGUUCCCGUUACUUUCCCACUGCUAAAAGACGUACUAGACGACAAGAUAUCCGAAAUGGAGACCCUCUUACUCAUUGCUCAGAUCUGCAGCACCAUGAUAACCCAAGUGGGCAAAGCCUGGAAGAAAAGAUUAUCUAUGGAGUAGAGAACAGCAGCACGUUUUUGGAGUGCAGUCCAAAAUCUCAGCGUGCAUUAGUCUACUGGCAAUUCCAAAAGCAAAAUGAGGACCGAAAAGAAGAGAUAAAAGUGGAUGAUCGUUUGAUCAGGACCGAUCAGGGCCUUCUGCUACGGACCCUUCAGCGGAAAGACUCUGGCACUUACUUUUGUCAUGCGGUGGAGCAUGGCUUCAUGCAAACUCUGCUCAAAGUGACCUUGGAGGUAAUUGAUUCUGAACACUUGGAAGAGCUGCUUCAUAAAGAAGAAGAUGGUGAGAGCUCCAAGGUGAAGGAGGCAUCCAACAGCAUGACCCCUAGUCAAAAAGUUUGGUAUAGAGACUUUAUGCAGUUAAUUAACCACCCCAACCUCAAUACGAUGGAUGAGUUCUGUGAACAGGUUUGGAAAAGGGACCGCAAACAACGUCGGCAAAGACCAGCCAAUGCCCAGGUGAAUACUAAUAAGUGGAAGCACCUACAAGAAAAUAAGAAAGGUAGGAACAGGAGGACCCACGAAUUUGAGAGGGCACCACGGAGUGUCUGAGCUACAUUACCUCUAGGAACCUCAUCCAAGUAGAAACUUGUGUAGACACAUAACUGGAAAAAAUGCAAUAUACAUGAACUUUUUCAUGGCAUUAUGUGGAUGUUUACAAGGGUGGGAAGCUCAAACAAUUUCCAACCGGUUUAAAUAAAGUAACCUUCCUACCAACUCCUUGCCCAUUCUUUCCACCAGUACCCAGCUUACUAGAGUUUUAUGGAUGAAAAAACACCCUAGACCUACCUUUAUUGCUGAAAGAGUUCUUCGAGAGAGAGAGGCAAGUUUUGCUUUCUCUUUUGCCCAAGAUAUAAAAAUGUCAUAUAUUUCAUGCUGCCAUUAAAAAGGAAAGAAGCCCACCUUUCAUCGGAGGUACUACCUUUCCUGAACCUGACUAUAAAACUGCAUGGACUUCUUAAGCUGAUGAACAUCCUAAUGUGUGACUGGACACAAGGAUUUUGCUUUGUUUGGUCUACCAGUUCUCCUGCUUAUAUGUACUGGAAGAGUUUAAAAAAAAGACUGAAGGAGAUUGUCUGUGGAAAUCUGAAAAGCAUAAGCCAUCCAUCAUCCAGAGGAACAAAAGAAAAAAGUUGGAGUACACUGACCUACUACUGAUGACUUCUUUCAGCUUUGAUCUAAAGAUGUAUUUUAUUAAAAUGAUAAUUUAAAUAUACCAUGGCAAAUAUGCAGCAAACAUUAGCUCUUUUCUAAAAUAGAUUAGACUUUUUCUCUUAGAAAUAUUGUACUUUCUAAUUAUUGGUUUAAAGGAAAAAAAAAACCCUUCCAAUUAUGAGCUGCUUUAUUCUUUUGUUUGAAAAUUCUUUCAAGGCAGUAAGUCACACUGCAGUUAACCCACUCUCCUUUAACCCAAGGUUCUAGAUGACAAGUAAGUUCUAAGCAGUUGUAAAACUAAGCUAUUUUAACACAAAAGUCUCUGUAUGGCAUGGAAGUCUUUUGCAUUUUUUAAUUCUUUUUUUCUAAAUGUCUAUGUGAAAGAUCAACUUGUAAAAUAUCUUGAUACCAAGCAAAAUAGAUGGAACCAAUGAAGAACAAAGCAUUUGAUUUAAGUUAUAUAUAUUUUUAUUUCAAAAACAUUAAAAAAACCCUUCCCUUUUAAAAAAUACACUAUUGCUUUGCUGGUUCAUGAAAAUGUGUUAAUGAAGGUGGCAAGAUACUGUGUCUCAUAGAUGGCUAUUAUUCAGUAAGAAAGAAACUCCUAUUUGAUUUAGAAGUUUUGCUCCCAACUGAAUAGUAGGGUAAUGUCUACGAGUCUUAGUCUCCAUUCUUUUUGUGAGCUAAGUUUUUUAAACAAACACAGCAUAACCCUGCUUACAUGGUAUGCCAGGGGUGCAGACACAAGUGCAGCUCCCAGCGGUAACUCAGAACAUGUUCUGCAAAGUGUUCUGAGUUACAACGUUACCCCGGACCAGACAGAAGUUCACUGUUGGUUCCAAGGGGGAGGGAAAUCUAGCUUUGGGCUGGGAGCCUGCAGCCAAGUUCCCAUAGCAAUGACCAUGGCACUCUGCUGGUGCUCACUCUUUUCAGAAUGGGGGGGAGGGGGGUGGCAAAGGCAGUGGAGGGAGCUCAUUUGGGGGCUUCCCAGCUGGUGCUGAAGUGUGGGGUGCAUGAAUUGGAGCUGCCCCCACCUCGGAGGGCUCCCAUACCCACUCUCCACCAUCUGGGGGGGGCUGAACCCUCCCCCCCACAGACUGAACUUCCUCUGCUCCCUUUCCCCCCUCCCAUUCUGAAAAUAGUGACAGGCUGGGAGUUCUGCAGACACAAGUUACAAAAGACACUACAUUUUGAAAUGUCUUUAUCUGAUACCUCAUGCAAUGUGGGGUCAGAUUUUCACCCAAUCAACCAUUUUUGAAGCUGCCUACAGCCAUGCAUUUUUGAAGCUGCCUACAGCCAUGCAGUUGUGUUUGGUCAUGGCUAUAGCCUUCUUUCUGUGGCCAGAUGGGGCAAAAAUUGUUACUUCUUUCUGCACCCCUGGACUUUAUGCUUAAGACUUAAGAGUUGAUUGAACAAUUUAAGCAAAAGCUCCAGCUACUAUAAAUUGGAAUAGCUGUAUUGAACUCCAAGGAGUGAAUUUAUACCAGUGAGGAUUUGCCCUUAGAUAGGUAAUUUCCAUUGAUGCUAAGGGAUAUUAUUCUACAUGCAGCAGGAUUACAGGAUAAAGCCAAGUACAGUACACUUGUACUAUAGCAAUGGUGGCCAAACUGCAGCUCAUGAGCUGCAUGUGGCUUGCCAGAAUGGUUUGUGAAGCUUUCUGGGACUUUUCCACCAAAGCCCUGCCUACUUCUCUCCAAGGCGGCUCCAGGGGACACCAGGUUGCUGCCUGAGGGAGAAGUGGGCAGGGCUUCGAUGGAGCUUCAGUGGAGAAGUCAUGCCCCUGCCCCCCACCCCCUCCAGCUUCAGUGGAGGAUUGGAUAUGGCUCCCAGGGUGAGUAACUCUGACCACCACUGUACUAUAUGAACAGCAGUUUUAAAGACAAUAUGGGUAAUGGUUUUGGUCCACUCCAAAAUAAAUAUUUCUUUGGUUUCCAUUUCUGUUGAGGUCUAUUGUGAUAGGUCUUUUGCCUGCCAGAUCUCACCUUGGUAUGGUUGGUGAACUACUCUUGAUAUAUGCUUAGGUUCAACUAGUGUCACUAAGAAGUUUACUAGAACAAACGUGGAAUUCUUGGUUUGCUAGAACAGCUUUAUAAAAGUGUGCCCUGUAUUGUAAAGAGGUUAAUAGCCAGCUGUUUUAUGGUGAAUCACUAAGACUUGUUGCUUUGGUGAAUCACAAUCAUGUCAGCAUUAGCACAUGCAUUACAACGCAUCUCAGUAAACGGCAUCUCUCCGAAGGUGACCCAAGUCCUUUUAUGACUCAGUAAAAACCUGUUCUUUCUAAUCACUGAAGCUCCCUACCUUCAUUGCAAUAUAUUAGUAAUAAGGGGUCAAGUCCUGAUAACCUCCUGUAUACCAGAACUUGAGUCUGCUUCAGAGGAGUUUUGUCCAUGGAGAGGUUACAGGAUCAGACUCUAAAGCAUCUGGUUUGGUUGCCAAUGAAUUUUUUGGCAAAACUGUCAUUGAAUAGUGCUGGCAGGAUUCUGAGACCGUCAUUCAGCAAAGCACAUUUAUCUUUAAAACAUAUCCCUUAGAAAAAAGAUAGAUACCUUUUUUAUCACAUUUUGAUUUCCAUAGGUCUUAAGUAUGUACUUACAGUUAAGCUAUGAUUAUUUGCUAGGCUGAAUAAGGAUGGACUUAAGCAUAUGUUCAACUGUGUGUAUAAGUGCUUUAAUGUUUCAGAUUCCAAUAGGAGAGGAAUACUAAUUUUUCAGCUCAGGCUGCAAUGAAAUGCAAACACAUGGCCAUGUCUACAUGUGUGCUUUAAUGCACAUUAGCCUAUUUUAAUGCAAAUUAAAGCGUCACAAAAAACUAUGCUCUUUCCCUAAUGCACAUUAAAAUAGGCUAAUAUGCAUUUUCUAGUGCCUCACAAUGGAGGUAUUAGAUUUAAUGCGCAUUACUUAUAUCACACUAAUUGCACAUGUAGAUGUGCCCACUGUUAUCAACUAGAGUUGUUAAGUCAAUAGUCAGCCUAUGAGGCCUAUUGUGUACCACUAAGUCAUUAGACUCCUCUUUGUUAAAAAAAGGGGGAAAACUUUUAAAAUGAAAUCCAAAGCCCAUAGCAUUCAUGAGAAAGACUCUGAUUGAUGGGCUCUAAUUUACCCAGUUCCCUUUUUUUUUUUGUAUAGUAAGUGGUGACUUCCAUCUAAUACUUUUUCCUCAGCUAUGCUCCUUUUUAUAACAAUGCAUUGAGAACAAGAUGAAUUGGAGAUACAUAUAUAUGUAUGUAUAUAUGUAUGUAUGUACGUAUCUGUAAAUUUUUAUGAAAUCUGUGAAAGCAGCCGUGAAGUCUUGCCAUAUCAUAACAUGUUUAACUGUGCUACUGAAACAAUCAAGGACUCAAAUUUUGACUCAUGUGAGCAGUCCUCAUUGGCAUAAAUAAUCCUGCUUAAGUUGGUAUGGUACUGAUAUGAGAAAAGGCUUACAGCAUCAGGCCUGAGAUUAAAUAGUUGAUUGUUGGAUUGAUAUUGCUGUUGAGUUACAGUGGCACAUAAUACUAUUUGAAAUGAGCUGAUUUCAAAGACUAGAAACUGUGACGAAUUCAUGUAUAGAAGGAUGCCCUGCAAUAUCAAUAUGUUAUGCUUCCCAUUUGUAUUCUGUUUUAAAAUAUGACAUAACGUUGCAAAUAAAAAAGCAACACUUACAUAAAACAUCCACACAAAUCUCUAAACCUCUAGUUCCAAACUUUAGAUGAAACAAACUGAUGGUUCUGUUUAAGCUGGAGAGAAAUAAAGGAUUUCACUUAUAACCACAAAACUCUAUUGAAAUUAUUAUUCUUAUUAGUCAACCCUUCAUGUUUGCAUGGACCACUGAAGAUUGGAGUUUGUUCAAUGGCUCAUAAUGACUGUAUGGUUAUGUUAAACAACAGUAUCAAGCUAAGAAAUGUGCAUCUUUGCAGAAUUGAAUUAAACCUUCAUGGCCCUAGUGAAGUCACUAUGUAAAAAAUAAAAUAAAAUUAAAUGCAUGUGAAUGCGCAUUUACUGAUCCUUUUUUAUGUAUUAUUUAGUGAAUAUCAAUGGUAUGUGUUUAAUAGUUCAGUUUUUGCUACCUACACAUUAGCCAAAAGAGAUGUAAAUAUUUUUGACUAGGUAAGGAGGUACAGUGUAAAGUACUGCUAUCUAGAGGUACUCCAUUUCAGUGUGUUCAGCAUAAUACUAAAAUGCAAAGUUUUGCCACACAGGUGAUGAGGUGGUUUAUUUGCUAUUUCAGUGCCAAAGUUAUGUGCCAUUCUGUAAGCACAUUUCUCACUGGGUAGUAAAUAAUUCUACUUUUGUAUUUAUCACUGCAAUUCAGAUGGGAACUAGAAAACUGGAGAGAAAAAAAUGUAAUGAAACUGCUGCUGUAAAUUAUUUCUUUUAGCAUGUAUUCAGUUGUUAAAUAAACAUUUCUUCCAAAUA